AUGAGUAACGACUGGGUAACACACAAUCUGCAACGACAGGUAAGGAAACUGAAUUGUCUUUUGCUUAUCUUUUUUGCUUUCAUACUAUGUAAUUCAUUGCAAAGCGCGCUAUUAAAUGUUUUGGAAAAAGUUCCUUAUUUUGGCCACAACAAGGGUACUCCGCGAACUGCGCCCAAGCUUGGGCACUAAAGUUAGGAAAAAAACGCUUCGACCUAGCUGGCACUGAAUUACUGUAAUAGCUCCAUAGUUUAAAGGGUACCUACGAAGGCUGUGACGACUCAUUUUAGUUCUAUACGGAGGCAAUAAGUUUAGUUCCGGACAUGUUUCAUCGUAUAAAGUGUAAAAUCACAGGCUGCAGCCGUUUUUGAAGAGUAAGGUGGUGCGUAAAAAAGAAGGUACCUCGCUAACUAAAUCCACUAUCCGGGCAUUGACAACGAUGAAUUGAGCGUGCACGCUAAAUUUGGGCUAAUUCCGACCAGUUUCCGCAAAGUUAUAAGUUGUGGCCAAAAUAAGGAACUUCUACCAAUUUUUUUGCGUCACAUUGAAAAAAAAAUAAAUAGAUUUUUUUUUUAAAUACGUAUUGCAGUAAUGUUGAAAAAAUGAGCACAUUUUCUCUGCGCCAAUCGGGUCGCUGAAGUGAAAAGCAAUUUGAUUUUGCCGCGACACAAUUCAUUUUCUCGGCGGUGAUGCGGUUUUCGAUGCGACAGAGUGCUCAAUAUUUUCCCGACAGACUAAGACAUAAGGAAAAAAAAUUACGAAAUAUGGAGGCACCAAUUGCCAAAAACUUUCGCUCUGACAAGGGAAGUACCCCAAGUGCGACGCACGUCAAACUAAGGAGUCCGGUGACCGGAAACGACUCUUCGCCAUCGGUUUUUUACACUUCGUCUUGAUUUUGCAGAGAAAGAGAGAAAAAAGACACGCAAAAACGUACUCUCUCGCCCCAAAAAUUCCCCAUUUCUUCGCCGACAAAACGUUUUUUCGCGUCUUUUUUUGGCAAAUUGUCAAUCUAUUCACCGGACUGUUUUAGCUUAUCUCAGUUUGACGUGCGACGCUCAGAUUUUCUUUAAAUUUUGCACACACCUCGGUCAUGAACUAAGUAUCAAUUCCUGAAAGUUUUAGCUCGCGCUUUGCAGGCGCCACCGAGAUAUUUAACGAUUUUUGCCGCCGAGAGAGCACACUAAACGUGGAGAGCGGUCAGAGGGAAAAUCACUUUUUGGCCAUAACUUUGCUAGUUUCGCGCGGAAAAAAUUGAUUUUUUUGUGGAAACAUUACCCUCUAUGGAAGAAAUAGGCAGGAAACUUUUUGUGCCGAAGUUCGGCAAAAAUUGUCAAAUUUUCGCCAACUUUCCAUCCAAAAAUCUCAGUCGUUUCUGCAAAGCGCGAGCUAGGAUUCUCGCAUAUGUCUUAGAAAAAAACAUUCUAAAUUUGUGCCAAGUUUCAUCAAAAUCUGAGCCUCGCACUUGGGGUACUUCCCCUGUUAGAGAGGGAAGCACUUUGCCACAUUUUUGAUGCUUCCCGGAUGCAAAACGAUACGUUUUUUGCCACUGGAUCAGGUCCCCCACUGUACUAGUAGUUCCACAAAGUGCGUGGAUUUUUUGUCGUAGGCCGCACCGUACACAAAAAGCUCUUUUUUGCCGCGUGCAUUUGACCUUUUGCACCGUGCAAGCGCAAUAUCGCAGCGACGCAAGCUUUUCUCGAUGGAAUCGUUGCGAUUUUCAGGAAUUGCACAGUGCAAAAUAAUAAAUAUUUCGAAAAAGAUGGCGUUGCGCGAGGAACAGAAAACUUGCACUGUGCGGUGCAAAAAAAAGCCCAAACAAAAGUCUACGCACUUUAUGAAAAUGCUAGUACUGUAAUAAAGAAAAAAAAUUUUUUUUAAUAAUUUUUCUAUUUUUUGCACAGUGCAAUACACUUUUCUCUACACUUUUUUCAUUUCCAAAAACUUCGUAUGUCAUAAUUGUUUACCCAGCCCGUCAUCCACGUAGGGUAUUAUGUGGGAUUACAUAAGACGGACAAAGCAAUUUUCUCGCGAAACUGCCUCAAAUGCAUUGAUAUUAUCUACAUUUUUUGGGGGAGAAAUGUAAUUGUAUGCACCGUGCUGGGUAGUCAUGACAAUUGCUGUAAUAUAUGGUUCAAAUUGCGACAUUUUCAAACGCAUUUAAUGUUUUCGGACUUUGGUUUGGAAGGUCAAUAAGAUUUUUAGAAAAAAAUGUGUUUUGAGCUAUUUGCACUGUGCGAAAAAACCAAAAAAAGUUGGUUUUUGGCCGCACGGUGCAAAAUUUUUUUGUUUGUUUUUGAUGAUUUGUGGUACUGUGCAGAAUUAGGCUAAAUUUUUUACGGGCAUUAAAAAUCUUGUCGGGUUGAUUUUUUACUGUUGCUAAUGCUAACUCACCAGCGUAUUACAAAAAAAUUAAAAAAAAUUUUUUUCCGAGAGGAAGAAACUUGACACAUUAGGGAAAGAUUUGUCACCAACUUCCAGUUCAAUGCGGAAUUUUCAUUUUUUUUUCAUUUCAAAAUCUGCAAAAAAAUGUUUUUUUGUUGUUUUUUGAUUUGCUUGACUGAAAAAGAACUUUUGGUGCCACUAUUUUUUUUUUGCUUCAUGAUUAUUUGUCUUGUAAAGAAUUGGUUCAUAAAAAGUUUGCAGGUUGAUGCUUCCGUUUCCAAAUGAAAAUUUAUUUUUCUAGCUACUGCACUGAAAUCUUGCAUGUAUUUCGUUUACUGGCUGCAUUAGUAUCGAUUCCUGAAAGUUUUAGCUUGCGCUUUCCGUGAACAGCCUAGAUAUUGUAGGAUUUUUACGACCGGUAAAGUACCCAAACGCAGAAAGCGACCAGAGAUAAAAAAGCCUUUUAGCCGUAUCUUUGCCAGUUUUGUGAGGGAAAAAAUUGGACUCUCUACAUUGCAUUUUUACGGCGGCUUUUUGGUAAAAACAAUGUUAGAAUACAAAAAUUAAUUUCUCGUAUUUUACAUUUCAAAACUAAAAAGUUUAAUCUCCUUUUUCUCACACUCUUUCUUACGUUCUUGCAUUUCUUUUCUGACUUCUCAUUUUUAGCGCCACCUCCUCGAAGAGCGUCAACGGCAACGUCGUAUGCAACAGAAUGGCAUAGUCGCGUCGAAGGUUGAACGCGCCGAUUCCAGCGAAUACGACGAUCCGCUGCCAUCGACGCUGAACUCCGGCUCGCUUUAUUCGUUUCUGGAGAACGCUCCGGCCCAAAAACCGUCGCACACGCCGAUUCCGUCCAGUAAAUCCAUUUCGAGCAUAUCAACCGGCCCCAAGAUUAUCACGGUCAAAGGGCUGACGCCACCGCAUAGUCAGAGGCAGAGGUGAGAAAAUCAGUUUUUUUUGGGUUUUUAUACAAUCAAAGGUGUGAAUAAUAUGUAGUGCUAUGUAUAUAUGUAUUUUCAUAAAGUGCAAGGACAUUUUUUUCUUUUACAUUCGGAAAGGUUUAAAAUAGGGUCCCUAUGUUUGACACUCAAAACAGAGAUGAUUAUCAACCGAUAUGGGCAUGAAAUCGAAAAGUCUAGGACAGAAAAACACGUAGAAUUUAAUGGUAUAGACAAUAUUUUGCUACACCUCAAGUUUUCGCUGCAGGACCCAUCAAAAAAAUUACACUUUUUAUUUGCCACCCUGUAAUACAGGGUCUUACAAAAAACGUGAAGGAAAGUGGAAGGCUAUAACUUCCGGCGGAGGCGGCGCAGAGACUUCGUAUUUGAAAUAUGUAUUUUUAAAAGACAUGUUUUUGGGGGUUUGUUGAUAUAGUCUUUAAGAAAAAGUCGAAAAAAUUGCAAAUGUUGGCACUUUCCUCCUCUUUUUCAACAUCACCCAUAUAUGGGUAUAUCGACCCAUAUAUGGCCAUAUUGAAACCCCCCAAAAAAUCCGACAUUUCCUGGUGAUUUUCAACCGAAAAAAUCCGAAAUUUCUCGAUCAUCUUCAACUGAAAAAACCUUGUUUUCUGGGUAGAGAUGCCUCUACUUCAGAAGGUCGUAGCUACCUCAGUUUGCACUUUAAAAGCUUGUUAUUUCGUAGACAAACACUAAUGUCUUUUAAAAAUACAUAAUUCAAAUACGAAGUCUCUGCGCCGGCUCCGCCGGAAGUUAUAGCCUUCCACUUUCCUUCACUUUUUUUGUAAUAUCCUGUAAUUUGGCCAAACGGCUUUUUUUCUCGAACCGCUCUCCUCACUUUGAGUACACGCUCUUCGGAAAAGAUCAUUUUUGAUUUUAUUUAUAGUACCGCAUUUAUCGUAACGUAUUUUACUCUCACUUUCAGCCUGUCCAUGGAAUCCACCACCACCAAGACGAGCUCCUCGACGUCGGUGGCCAGUGAUCCGGUGAAGCCGGUGAUCGACGUGGAUCGGCUGGACAUCUCGGCGUCGAAUGACGCCAUCUCCGAGGGCGAAAACGACGGCUCGGAGACGGUGCGCCCGUGGGAGGAGGAUGAUAACUUGGAGACGAACGUCUUGGAAGAUACCUCGGUGAAAUUGGAUGUGGGGGAUAUUGUCAAUAACUUGGAUAAAUUUGUCAUGGGUAAGGGUUCAAAAAAGGUGAUUUAUACUAUACCAGUCUGUCGGAAAAAUAAUGUGGAUUUGGUUUUAAAUCGUCCGGAAAAUCGCUUUUCGGGAGCUAGCCGCGGCUGGGACUUGGUCCGCUUCUGCGACGGCUGUUUGCUGCGACAAAUCCGCAUUAUUUUCAGGACAGACUGAUAAAAAAGAAAAAAUGUGCGUUCUGGGGUAGGCUCUUUUUCUAGGGUUAACCUGCACUUUGCAAAGUCGAUUCUGGCCUUGAAACUAACACAAAAAUUAUGGAGAUCAAAGAGGUGCUAAUGCAUGAUGAUUUAUCAGUCUACCAGGAAAAUAAUGGCCACUCUGUCGCGUCAAAAAGCCUAUCGAAAAUUAAUUUUAUCGUGGCAAAUCAAAUUGCUUUUCACUUCAUCGACGCGGUAGGCGCAGCGAAAUUGUGCCCAUUAUUUUCCCGACAGGCUGAGAAAAUCUUUUCUGCAGUGUCGGACCUGAUCCAUAGCAAAAAACAUACCAUUCUGCCUCCGGGAUGUAUCAAAAACACAGCAACACACCUCCAUCUCCAAAUGAAGAGACUCCGAUUUCAAAAGCACGCCCGCUAUUUUUGCGAGGGGAAGGGCGAGCUCUUCAAAACCGAGGUUUUUUCAGUUAGAAAGGGAGGCAUUUUGCUACAUUUUUUAUACUUCCCGGAUUCAAAAUGAUACUUUUUUUGCCACUGUAUAAGACAUAUUGGAAAACAACCAAUCUUUUUCGUCAAAGUGGACUGUGAAAAAAACAAAAUUUACCUUAUACUUGGGUCCCGGAACGAAAGCCCUGAAGAUCAUCGAAAUUUUUCUUAGAUUACCUUCUAGCCUUUGGCGUAUAACUAGGCCGCAAACACGGUUUUAAAAACCAAAUUUUACUCGUUUGUGACAGUUUACGCCCUGCUUUCUCAACAAAUAUAUCAUUUCCAGAGCCGGCCAAGAAGAACAUCACAAUGAAAUGUCGGAUCACUCGAGACAAGAAAGGAAUGGACAAAGGAAUGUUCCCGAUCUACUACUUACAUCUAGAACGGGAUGACAACAGUGGAAACAAUCGAAAUGUAUUUUUAUUGGCAGCACGGAGGCGAAAAAAGAGCGCGACGGCGAAUUAUUUGAUUUCGACGGAUCCAACGGAUUUGAGUCGCAACGGGAGGAGUUACAUCUCGAAAGUCAGGUACGUUGUGCUGACAAUUUAUCCUAAUAUGUAUAUUAGUCUGUCGGAAAAAUAAUGUGGAUUUGUCGCGGCUUGUAAUCGCCCAUCCUCGUUUUGCAACGGCUAACAGCGACUGAAGGUUUUAUGCGCGACUGCAACGAGGAGAGGCACUGCUGCGAGAAAUCCGCAUUAUUUUCCCGACAGAGGGAUAUACAUAUUUCUUACAUAGUGCAUAAAAUUUUGUGCUUGUCCGUUCGUAAGGUCGCCGGGAUGAUUUUUGCGAACUGCACUGUGCAAAAAAUUUGGCAGGGUGCGCUGAAAAAAUAAAAAAAAAUUUCAGUGGUGAGGUCCGUAUUUUAAAAUAAGCUUUGUUCAGACGCAGGGUUCCAAAACCGUUUCCGAAUUUUUUUGAUAUUGCUUUCGAUAGGUUGACCCUGAACUCUCCCCCUUUUUGAACAUCCCCCCAUUUUGAAAAUUGAAAAAACGAGGUGUGACAUGUUAUACGAUGAAAUUUUUUUCAAAUUGAGAAAAAUUAGGUGUGACAUGUUAUACGAUGGAAAUUUUUUUCAAAUAGUAAAAAUGAGGUGUGACAUGUCAUACGAUGACGAUAAGAUGUCACACCUAUUUUUUUCAGUUUGAAAAAGAUUUUCAUCGUAUGACAUGUCACACCUCAUUUUUUUCAAUUUUCAAGGGGGAAUGUUCAAAAAGGGGGAGAGUUCAGGCUCAAUCUAUCGAAAGCAGUAUCAAAAAAAUUCGGAAACGGUUUUGGAACCCUGCGUUAGAACAAAGUUUAUUUUAAAAUACGGACCUUUCUCUUUUUGUGUAAUUUUUUUUCUGAGCUACCGCGCAUCCUGAAAAUUUUUUGCACAGUGCAAAAAUCACCCCGGCGACUUUACGAACGGACUAAUACUCAAUUUUCUACAGUACGUAAGAAACCUAUAUAUCGGAUUCGAACUUGCGGUGUGUCUCCAUCACUCUGUCGGAAGAAUAACGCGGAUUUGUCACAACAGUGCCUCGCCUCGUCGCAGUCGCGCAUAAAAUCUUCAGCCGCUGUUAGCCGUUGCAAAACGAGGAUGGGCGAUUACAAGUCGCGACGAGUCCACACUAUUUUUCCGAAGACUGAUAUACAUAUUAGGAUGAAAAGAUUUUCAUCGUAUGACAUGUCACACCUCAUUUUUUCAACUUGAAAAAAAUUGUCAUCGUAUAAGAUGUCACACCUUAUUUUUUCAAUUUUCAAGGGGGAGGGUUCAAAAAGGGGGAGAGUUCAGAAAACGGGGAGAGAUCUGCCGCAACGCUUUCGAUACGAUAUCGCUCAAAGGCGCCCGAUCUUGAAACGACUGUUCUCUCUUCGACUGCACAGAUCGUUGAGCAUUUUUGCAGAAAAUCGCAAAGGAAAACUUCUUGAAGAUACGCUGCUUACAGACUUCUUUCAGAUCCAACGCAGUCGGCACAAUGUUCACGAUAUACGACAAUGGCGACAAUCCGCGGAAAGCGACAGUAAUCGGUGACGGCGUUCGACAAGAACUUGGUGCUAUUAUUUAUGUAGGCCUCAAACGUUUACCUUAUAUUUUAUUGUAUAAAUAACACGAUCACUGUCGUAUGUUUCAGGAGACAAACGUUUUUGGAUUCAAAGGGCCGCGAAAGAUGACGAUCAUUCUGCCGGCGCUGGUCGAUGGGGAAAAGCGGAAAGAAGUUCGACCGGUCAGUGUAAGUUAUUUUGCAAUUUUGACCCAAAACAUUGCUAUUGGUCGUAUAUUAGGUGUUUUUUUAUAGGACGUGCUUUUCGGUGCCCGCAAAUGGACUUUUCGAUGCCCGCAAAUUUUCGCGGUUCGCGACCGCAAAUUAAAUCGAAAUCUGCCCGCACUUUUUCUGCCCGCAAAUUAUAAAAAUGUUAUAAAGCGCCUGAAACAUGGAUGAUUAGUGAAAUAUUUGUAUAAAUCCGGUGGAAUUAAUAAAUUUACAUAUGUAAAAAUGCAUUUGACAAAAAAAAAUUUUUGACAAGUGUCUCUGAUCCAUGUUUUUUGGGAUAAAAUAUCAAAUCACGGAAUUUUAUCAUGUUUUUGGACAAAGCUGAUGAAUAUGGAGUCCAAAUCAAGUUGUUAUAAAGGCUGAACAAAACUUUUUUUUGUCCAAACGAACUUUUCGAUGCCCGCAGAUCGGAAAAUCGGGUCCUCAGACGUUACGAAUGUAAAAAUCUUCAUUGUUAUGAUUUUUUGAGCAAUUCCUAGCUACCACUAGGCCAUUGACGCAUAUCUCUUCGCAGAAAAUUUGAAUUUCAGCACACUUCUUGCGACCAUCCGCACCGAUUUUUCGGUGGAAAAAUGCAAAUUAAAAUUUGCGGGCAAAAAAAGUUCUAAAAAUUUUUGUGUGCCCGCAAAUCUAAAAAAGCUUCCAAAUAAAUCAAAACUUGUUGUCUUGGGGAAAAUUGGGCUCAUAAUGCUAUUCUGACUAUCUUUAUGACCAUUGACGCCGAUUUUUUGGUUGAAAAGCUCAAAUUAAAAUUUGCGGGCAAAAAAAGUUCCAAAAAUUUUUGAAUGCCAGCAAAUCUAAAAAAAAGCUUUAAACGCGGUUUAUGUUAGAGAUUACCGCUAUAGAAAACUGUAACUAUGUCAAUACACAUCAGUUCAACUAUUUCUUACUUUGUGAUAAGCCCUCAGGCAUCAGUCAAGGUUGGUGACAUUGUUCAUGAUUAAAGCCCGGUAAAGUGUUUUGGGUUUGUGCCUUUCUUUUGAUAAUCCUGAGAAAUACUGUAGACGGUUAUUUAUCGCAUCAAUGUGUAAAACGUCCACUUCUGCCGAAACUGCGUCAUUUCUGAUAAGAAAACUCAAAAAAUGAAAUUCUUUUACCGAAUUUUUUUCAAAAAUUGACCGAAAGGUAAGUUUCUGUUUCAAAUCUUGCACUUUUGGGGACGAAUCGUUACCUUCAGUGAUUCUUAUUGCUACAAUAACAGUAAAGAAAGAGUAAUAUGUUUUGACGGAAGGCACAGCCACCAUUCUAUCACAAAGUUUUUUUUUCUUGAAGUCAGUUGGUACAAGGUCUGUAACCCGAAUAAGGAUAAUUUUAAGGGACUCAAAUUUGUCUUCAAAUAAUUGAGUCGUGUCUCAACUAUGCCACAAAUGCGACACUAGUUCUAAUUUCUAUUCAACGAGGUUUCGGAACCGGACAAAAUUCAUGAUAACUUUCUGAAGUCGAAAACUGUAAAGAAUAGUGGUUACCGUUUUACACGGUCGUUUAGAAGCUUUUUUUAGAUUUGCGGGCAUUAAAAAAUUUUUGGAACUUUUUUUGCCCGCAAAUUUUAAUUUGGAUUUUUUCACUGAAAAAUCGGAGCCGAUGGUCGUAAAAGCUGUCAUAAUGUCGCUUAUGGAACCCGCAUUUUCAUCACAACAAGUUUUGAUUGAUUUGGAAGCCUUUUUUGACUUGCGGGCAUUCGAAAAUUUUUGGAACUUUUUUUGCCCGCAAAUUUAAAUUUGAGCUUUUCAACCAAAAAAUCGGCGUCAAUGGUCAUAAAAAUAGUCAGAAUAGCAUUAUGAGCCCAAUUUUCCCCAAGACAACAAGUUUUGAUUUAUUUGGAAGCUUUUUUAGAUUUGCGGGCACACAAAAAUUUUUAGAACUUUUUUUGCCCGCAAAUUUUAAUUUGCAUUUUUCCACCGAAAAAUCGGUGCGGAUGGUCGCAAGAAGUGUGCUGAAAUUCAAAUUUUCUGCGAAGAGAUAUGCGUCAAUGGCCUAGUGGUAGCUAGGAAUUGCUCAAAAAAUCAUAACAAUGAAGAUUUUUACAUUCGUAACGUCUGAGGACCCGAUUUUCCGAUCUGCGGGCAUCGAAAAGUUCGUUUGGACAAAAAAAAGUUUUGUUCAGCCUUUAUAACAACUUGAUUUGGACUCCAUAUUCAUCAGCUUUGUCCAAAAACAUGAUAAAAUUCCGUGAUUUGAUAUUUUAUCCCAAAAAACAUGGAUCAGAGACACUUGUCAAAAAUUUUUUUUUGUCAAAUGCAUUUUUACAUAUGUAAAUUUAUUAAUUCCACCGGAUUUAUACAAAUAUUUCACUAAUCAUCCAUGUUUCAGGCGCUUUAUAACAUUUUUAUAAUUUGCGGGCAGAAAAAGUGCGGGCAGAUUUCGUUUUAAUUUGCGGUCGCGAACCGCGAAAAUUUGCGGGCAUCGAAAAGUCCAUUUGCGGGCGAAAAAAAAUUCCUCCUUUUUUAUAUUUCCCGCUAUUUGUUUGGCAUUUUCCACAAAUCUCCCUGCUUUUCAGGGGUUUCGUGGUGGGACCAAAAAACACCGGAAAUGAGUGAAAAAAACGUAUUUUACGCUGUUAAAAACAGUUUUAAAGCAACCAUUUUUACUCUUGUUAUCGGUUUAUUUCAUUUACCAGUUUCUGAGGGUUUUCGUGGUGGGACCAAAAAAAAAUUUUUUUUUGAAAGUCGUAUUUUACAAAAAUUUAGCCAAACAUGUGAUGUCUGGCCAAUAUUUUUUGAUCUACUUUUUCUUAGUUUUCAGUUUAAUCGUCUUGAUUUUCAAGUUUUCGUGGUGGGACACAAAAAUUUUUUUUUAACUUUUUUGCACUGUGCAGAAAACUAAUGUUCAAAAGGGCACUAAAAUAGCCUAAAAAUCAUUUUUAAAAUUUUUUUAUUUGUUUAAAAAUCAAUUUUUGCUUGCACCGUGCAAUUUUUUGAGCUUCUUUUUUUUGCACUAUGCAAUUUUUUUUAUUUUCUUAUUUUUCGAAUUUCAGGAAAAAGACACGAUAUUAGAGCGCUACAAGUCCCAUCGAUUGGAAGAAAUGGUCCUACUCAACAACAAACAGCCCCAAUGGAAUGAGGACACACAGAGUUAUGUCCUCAAUUUCCAUGGGAGAGUGACCCAGGCCAGUGUGAAAAACUUCCAAAUCGUCCAUCAUUUGAAUCGUAAGUUGGGUUUUAAAAAAGAGAAAAAAUAAAAAUAAUUUUGGUAAAAUACGACAAUGAUGUGGUUUCGCAUUUUUGGUGGAAAAUUUUGAAAAAACAAGUUGAAGGGGAAAUUGUACAGUACACGUCAAACUGAGGAGUCCGUUGACCGGAAUAGACUCUUCGCUAUCGGUUUUUUACACUUCGUCUUGAUUUCGCAGAGAAAGAGAGAAAAAAGACACGCAAAAGCGUACUCUCUCGCCCCAAAAAUUCCCCAUUUCUCCCCCGACAAAACGUUUUUUCGCGCCUUUUUUUGGCAAAUUGCCAAUCCGUUCACCGGAAUGUUUUCACGAAGGACGGAAAGGUCCGCUAAAAAAAGAAAACAGGAGGGUGGGGAGAGGGGGAGGUUUUCGAUGGCGCUGAUUCCGAAUAUCGUAUGCAUUUUUUUUUAUUUUACAAUUUUGCUUAAGCAGUAGUGUUAAUUAGUAAUUAAAAAAACUUUUUUUUUUGAGUAAUGGAUUUAGGGGUUUUCGGUGGUGCUGAUUUUGAAAAUUGUAUCCAUUUCCUCUGAAUUUUUGCCUAUCUUCCUCAAUUCUUUAAAAUGAAUGUUUUAAUUGGUAAAAACUUGGUCAAACUUGUAUGAUAUUGUACGAAAACUUAUGACGCUUUUUUUCGUGUAUACAGCGAAAAUGGCACUACUGCUUAAGCAAAAUUGUAAAAUUCAGAUGAAAAUUGACAUGAUUUUCGAAAUCAGCGCCAUCGAAAACCUCCCUCCACCCGUCCCCCCGCCCUCCUCUUUCCUUUUUUUAGCGGACCUUUCCACAUGCUUUCCGUACUCAAUCGAAUGCUUAUCUCUGUUUGACGUGCAGUAUUCUAUGGAAAUCAUAGAAAAAGCAAGAGAAAGUUUUUAUAGGCAUAAACGGGAUUUUUCAAAAAAAAAAAAAAAAAAAUUUUUAAAGUUUGGAUUUUUUCCAAAAUUUUUUUUAGCGACUUUACGAACGUACUAGUAAAUAAAAUGCUUUUUUUCUGUCUCGAUUUUUUUUUUGAUUUUUUGUCAAAAAUUUGUGAAAAUCAAAAGAAAAUUAUUCUUUCAAAAAAUGAAAUAUUUUCGGCAAAAUUUAAAAAAUUUUAUUUGUAAAAUACGAAGCCUUUUACUUUUUACCAAAAAAUUUUUAAAAAAAAUAAAAAAAUCUCAAAAAAUGGCCCAAACAAAAACCCUAAAACUCCUCCAAUUUUCAGCCGACUACGUGGUAAUGCAGUUCGGUCGCAUCAAUUCCGAGGUGUUCACCAUGGACUUUCGAUACCCGCUGUCGCCGAUUCAGGCGUUCGGCAUUGCAAUGAGCUCAUUUCACGGGAAAUUGGCCUGUGAAUAA